UUCUUCUUCCACACUGCUACUAAUUUUUCACUUCACUCCCACACUGUCUUCAACAAUGGCGACGCCCACAUUUCGCCGGAUAGACCUUACCCUUUUAACCCUCUCUUUACUCGCCGUCGCCGUCAAUGCUCACAACAUCAGCGCCAUACUCGAAGGUUUCCCUGAUUACUCCGUUUACAACGAUUUCCUCACUAAAACCAAGCUCGCCGAUGAGAUCAACACUCGACAAACCAUCACUUGCCUUGUUCUUAACAAUGGAGCUAUGUCUGCUCUCACUGCUAAACACCCACUUUCCGUCGUUAAAAACAUCCUUAGCCUUCAUGUUCUUUUAGAUUAUUAUGACCCACAAAAACUCCAUAAAAUCUCCGAUGGUACUACACUUACUACUACUCUUUACCAAACCACCGGAAAUGCUCCCGGAAAUCUGGGUUUCGUUAAUAUCACCGAUCUACAAGGUGGGAAAGUCGGGUUUGGGUCAGCCGUUCCUGGGUCUAAACUUGAUUCGUCUUAUACUAAGUCUGUUAAACAGGUACCGUAUAAUAUUUCUAUACUGGAGAUCAGUGCGCCGAUUAUUGCUCCCGGUGUUUUAUCAGCUCCUGCACCGUCGGCUUCCGGUGUUAACAUUACCGGCUUACUUGAGAAAGCUGGUUGUAAGACGUUUGCUAAUUUGCUUACCAGUAGUGGUGUGUUGAAGACUUAUGAAGCGGCGCUUGAUAAAGGGUUGACUAUUUUUGCGCCGUCCGAUGAAGCUUUUAAAGCCGACGGUGUACCUGAUCUGAGUAAGUUGACCAAUGCCGAUCAAGUUUCGCUGUUAGAAUACCAUGCCUCGCCGGAUUAUAAACCAAAGGGGACUUUAAAGACGACGAAAGAUCGGAUUACUACAUUGGCUACUAGAGGUGCCGGGAAGUUCGAUUUGACGGUCACCGCCGCCGGUGAUUCCGUCACGCUUCAUACUGGAAUCAGUCCAUCUAGAGUCGCUGAAGCAGUUUUUGACUCCCCACCGGUCGUGAUAUUCACCGUCGACAAUGUUUUGUUACCCUCCGAGUUGUUCGGAAAGUCACCGUCGCCAGCACCUGCUCCAGAACCAGUUUCUUCACCUUCACCGACACCUUCUCCAUUAUCCGAAGCACCAUCGCCAUUAGCCGCUUCACCACCAGCUCCACCAACCGACACUCCCGCCGGAUCUCCUGUUGAUUCGCCGGCUGGAUCGUCGGAGAACAGCACCUCCGAUAAUGCUGCCGGUCACGUGAGUCCCACUGUUAUAUUCACUGUGUUGGCCAUUGUCGGUUAUUCACUAUGUUAAUUUGUUCUUUUUUGGGUUUGCUAUUUUGCUUAUUUUCAUUACAGUUUGCUUCUUCUUCUUUUUUAAAUGUAUUUGGGUUUCAAUUUAUGGGAUAAACGGUGAUAGCUCGACGGCGCCGCCUCCGGCGACAUAUGGGUCUGAAGAAGAAUACUGGAACCUUGUUAUAUUUUUCUCUUUUAUUUUUGUUUAAUUACAUUUUCUUAGUGUUCGUUUAUUUAUUUAUUUUUGAUGUUAAGGAUUUUUGAAUCUUUAUUUAUAAAUUUUGUAACGCUUUAUUUUUAUUUAAAUUUGAUCCAGUUUUGUUUAAA